AUGGAGUUCAUCGGCUUGCAAAUGCUGGUGACGCUAAGGCAGCCUCACGGCACGAUGCUGAAGGGCACUGUCAGCGCUAUAGAGCCCGGCAUCAGCCUCACACUGAGUAACGUCUUCACUCACGGGACGAAUCACUGGCUUCCGAGGGUCGUAAUCGAUGCCGCCAACGUCCUCGAGCUUUCCGAAUUCAAGGAGGAUUCCGCGCCCAAUACCUUUACAGCGCCGGGCGUCAGUCCUGUUCCGGCUCCCGUCGUCAAUCAACCUGCGCAACCCGCCUUUGCGGACCCCGCCAUCCUCAGUAUGGAAAAGAGGCCCGACUCUGGUAUCGUGAGUGGGAGUGAAAGCCAAAUAUUCCCUGAAGCUGUACCUCAACAGGCUGCAGGCGCACCGAGGGACCUUAGGCCGGGACAGCCAGGAGUUUUGUCCGGCAUCCACCUGACCGGAGGUCUGAGGGACGACAUUGUCAGCCUGAGCGAGACCUUGCAGGAGCUGGAGGUAGAUGAUUCGACGCCCAACGCACAACGAUUUGCUGUGGAAAACAGCGCAGUGUCGCAGGAUACUGGUGAAGUACAGGGUCAAACACAAAAGAAGAGCAGCAGGCGGCGAGCGAAGCAAAAGGCUCGAAACGGCGCAACAGAGGAAACGGUGCCAGAAAUUACCCCGAUCCGCGGCAACGCGACUAACCGUGGGAAGGGCUGGAGGCAAACCCCGAUGCUGCAAAGCUCGCCUUCCUUCCAACCCUUCAACUCAUUGAAACGGGGCCUUAAGGGCAAGAAAGACCUGCCCGAAAACGGAUGGGCCUCGGAAGAUGUUACUGAGGAUAUGGUCGAGUUCGAUUUCGAGAACAACCUGGCAAAGUUUGAUAAACGCACCAUCUUCGACCAAAUGCGGAAGGAGGAUUUGGUUGAUGAGGCAGACCGGCUGGUUUCGCACAACCGCCUGCCCAAGCCAGGAACAGCUGGAGGGAAGAACCUCCACUAUUCUGAGAAUGUACUCGACCUGCCAGCCGCAUCGGCAAAGACGAGUCAGGAUUUUUGGAACAGCGAGGCUGAUGAUGCCGCCAAUGGAGUUGAUCGACUGAGCGGUCGUGAUGUCCGGAGUGCUCAGAGUAGCCGCAGGGCGGACAGCAAACCAGGAGCUGCGAGGAGGUCGCAAUCGCGGAAAGCGAGCGCGCAACUUAGCAGUCAGCCCCUCAAUCGCGUCAACUCCAACCACGUUUCACAGUCCGGCUUUUAUCUCGAACCGUCAAAUCGACGACUGGAGACCGUGUCGGCUCUUCAAAUGCUGAACCUGGAAAACAUCGCAGCCAAUGAGAUCGGGCUCACGGAAGACAUGAUGGCAGAGAAUGCAGGCCGAGGAAUCGCUGAGGUGACAUUGCGAGCUCUGGAGGACCCCGCGAUUCAAGUCCGCUUCGGAACCGGUGGCGCAAAUGCUCAAAGCAACAGUUUGUCGACUUCUGCGACCGUCGUCAUUCUUGCCGGUAACAACAAAUCCGGAGUAAGGGCCAUUGCGGCUGCCCGGCACCUACGCAAUAAGGGUCUCAACCUACUAGUCUGUGUCGUUGGCAUCGAGCGUGAGCGAGAUCUGCUUGAAGACAUGCGACAGCAAGUGAGAAUAUUCAGAAACUUUGGAGGUCGCGUACACAACAAGAUUGAGUUGUUCGAACAGCUUCGCAAGACAGCUUCCACCCCAGCAACAUCGGUAACACUCAUCAUCGAUGCUCUUCUAGGCUUGGCGAUCUCGUUUGAGGAGCUUCGAACUGGCGACCAAGCCACUGUAUAUGAGUUGAUAGAAUGGGCCAACCGAAAUGAGGCAUUUGUUCUUGCGGUGGACGUACCAACGGGCAUUGACCCAUCCACUGGAAAGGUCAGCAUCAUCGACGGUGGGCGCUUGUAUGUCAAGCCUCGGUAUGUGGUGGCGAUGGGCGCGCCGAAGAAGGGAUUGCUCGAGGCAAUGGCACCUGUUUCCGAAACGGACCCGUCGAAUGUUCACGGUGCCGGAGCGGCUGACGGUCAUGGUGCUGUGGCCGAAGAUGAAGACUGGAAGCUAUUCAUUGCCGACAUGGGUCUCGGCGCGACAGUCUGGAAGAAGGCGGGUACCAAGAUUCGGAGAGGCAUUGACUUUGACGACAAGUGGGUUCUUCAAAUGCGGUACCAGCCAGCGCUGUCUCAGGACCAGUGA